AUGGCAUCAUCAAAGCUUUACUUUGUUGCUCUUCUAGUCAUUGCUUCAGUUUUCGUUGAUGUUCAAUCCACUCGAAUUAUGGAUGCUUCGUCUGAUUGUGAUUUCAGAGGACCAUGUAGAAAGAGAGCAGAUUGUAAUGAUAGAUGUGGAGUGAACAAACCACCUUUUAAUAAUGCUAUAUGUGUACCUUACGGAGGUAGUCGUCAGUGUUGUUGUAUUUUAUCGUGA